AUGUGCAACGACAGAGACAACAGCCAGACCAAUGGUCCCAUCAUCAGCAAAGAUGAUGAGGCUUUCGAGGACAGCUCGUCUGAUCUAGCGUCUCAUGUUGUCGACACCCCACACCAGAGCCUGGCUUCUUCAAGCACGAGUGUAUCUAGUUCCAUCUUUAAUUACCGUGUGGAGAACGGCAGGACAUAUCACAAGUACAAGGACGGCAAAUAUAUCUACCCCAAUGAUCCCAGGGAAAUUGAAAGGCUAGAUUUGCAACACGCUUUAUGUCUUAUGACUCUUCGAAACGCCCUUGGUCGUGCUCCUCCAGCAGCACCGGGAUCCAAUGCUAAGCGUGUACUGGACAUAGGAACCGGCUCCGGGCUAUGGGCGAUUGACUUUGGAGAAGAGCAUCCUGAGACUGCGGUCUAUGGUGUAGAUCUCUCCCCGGUGCAACCACGAGCGUGCAGUUGA